AUGAUGGCGGAUAAACUGGAAGAAUUCUGGAAAUCGUGUGUCGAGCCUGAUCCCUGUACAAAGGAUCCAUUUGUUGCGGACGCCAUCAUUGCAAACCCUCCCAGUUUCGCACAUGUCCACUACCAGCACGGAAGCCUUCGCACAUCCGCUGGCCAACCUGAAGCAGUCAAAAACGGACAGAACUAUGGCGAACUACCUCCCAUCCAGCAUCGUGGAGUUCAUGGCAUGGCAAGGAGGGCAUCAUCAACAAAUGGCGGAAGUAAGCCCACUUUGCCUAGAACCGGUCCAAUGACUGAAGGAGCAUGCCUGUUCGAAACACUCAAUAUUUCCUUUACAUUCUGUUGGUCCCCAGCAUUGGUUUGCACCCCUCCAGAUUGCAAUUCGAAGAUAAACAUUGGUGGCUUCUUCAUCCGCGGCUCACCGGCAUACACGUCGCCCGCGGACCUAGAAGCAUUCCUCCAUGCGGGUUCCCCACCAUCUACACGGGGUUUCGGCAGCAUCGUCGUUGACGCCGCCGAAAGAAUAGUGGCCAUGGUCCGAAAGGCUGUCCAAACGCUUGGUGUCAGAGCAAUUAUCUCACGGGGCUGGAGCAAACUAGGCGGUCCAUGUGAUACGGACGUCUUCUACAAAGGUGACUGUCCACACGAACAGCUUUGCCAGCAUGUCACAGCGGCCGUGCAUCACGGUGGUGCAGGAAUCACGGCCUGCGACCCGCGGCAUGGAAAGCCAAUGAACCCUGCUGCGGCUAUCUCCUUCUCGCUUACAUUCACAAUCCUCAGACGCUGCCAUCAAAAUCUCCGGGAGAAUCGCAAUCGAAACGGGACCGAGGAGUCUGUGGAAUAUUUCCACGCCAACCUUCCUCUACACUAUCUGCGAUGCGACCUGUUGCCAGAUCAACCAGCUACUCGGGUGUACGAAGGCGAUCACAAAAAGCUACUUUUGUCGAAGAAGGCAGCCUCCUCCGUCUUGAGUUCUCAUGGAAAGAUAGCCCCAAAUCGGCUCGAGCUUCGAUGGGAUCCUAUUACGGCGAUCUUGUCAGGAUCUGUUUCGACCAUUACGCAAAUGGGUCGCACGACAGCUGAUAUCUUUUCGAGGCCUUACGAGCUGCUUAGGCAUACGAACAACAACAAUGCGAGGGCUUCCUGCUUGAUGAGAGCCGUCUCUCAUACUGUCAGUUCUCCGUCCUUGCCACCUCCUUCCUCCUCCACUGCCGCCGUCAUUUCUCCGCCUCAUCCCCCGGCAAUUACGGACGGCGCCUUGGUUGAUAUCUCACUCGCUGCAGCCGAGAUUUUGCGUGCUGUUCCACGACCCGACCGUGAGAAGGUCACCCCUCGUCAAAAUGUCAUGGACCUCAAAAGUGGCACCACUGUUGCAGACACGAUUUUCGGUCAUGUCAUAUACGAGGCCCUCGCUGACAUCGUCGUGUAUACUUAUGAAAGCAAGAGGAGGGUCCCAAGGAAGUGGCAAAUGGGUUGA